CUACUCACUCAACACACACUUCAAACUAAUAUCUUUUCUCUUUCUUCUUUCUCUGGUGGUGUUCAAAGUAUGGAGUGUAAGAGAAUUAUGCUGCUGCUUUUGUCGGCUGCAAUGGCGAUCCCUGCCAUGUCAGCACCAUUCAAGUUUGUCGAUCAGAAAAACUACUAUCCAGACCCACAUGCAAUCCCUCCCCCCACCCCCACAGUUUCGUACACUCCUCCGGCACAUGCAACCCCAACACCGUCCCACGGAGGCGGCAGCGGCACACCACCCGGCGGCCAACUUGCGGCACACCCCACAACCUGGCGGCAGCCCCCACCACCACACUCCGACACCGUCCCACCACACUCCGACGCCGUCCCACCACACUCCUUCAACACCUACCCCAACCACACCCAUACACACACCCACACCCUCCGUAACUCCACCAAUCACCCCCGGCAUCACAAUACCAUCACCCCCAUUCGCGUUCGACCCAAACUCUCCACCUUUUAACUGCACUUACUGGAAGAAUCACCCGACGAUAGUAUGGGGAUUGGUCGGGUGGUGGGGAACCGUAGGCAAUGCAUUCGGUGUAACAGGCACCAUACCGGGAUUCGGAGCUCACUUGAACCCUCUAGAAGCGCUUACGAACACGCGUACCGAUGGUUUCGGAGAACUCUGCAGACAAGGAACCGCGGCUUUGCUCAACUGUUUGGCACACACUAAGUUCCCGCUCACGGCCGCGCAGGUUAGGAGUAGCUUCGUGGCGGCGCUCGGCUCCGACAAGGCUGCAGCGGCUCAAGCACAGAUCUUCAAGCUGGCUAACGAGGGAAGCACCUGAGGAAGAAAAAAAAAAACACGAAAAAUUAUUUUUACACAUGUGAAGGAUUUAUUACUGAUUUUACUGCUUUCGGUUUGGUUAUUAUUCGUGUACUGCAUUUGUUUCUUUGGCAUCAGAAUUUUCGUUUUUUUUUUUUUUUUGCUUUUGACUUUAUGUUUUGCUUGAUUUAAAACAGCAGUGGUGAAUUUGUUUGGCAUGGCAUCUAUGAAUUAAUUUCACAUUUGUUCACCG